UUUUGCUGAAUUAUUCAAAAUCUAUGCAAAUUAAACAAUCAGGUAAGGGUUGACUAACUUAUGUGUAUUAUUAUUAUUGCUGCUGUUUAUUCAUAAUAGCCCCAACAGUUGGACCUCUGACACCCCACCCCGCCCCGCUCCCCGCCCACACCCACGCCUCUCCGGCCACCGGUCUCUCAAAAGUACAUAGGCUACUGAUUCUGAAAGAACCCCGCCGAGAGCCGGCGCUUUACUGCAUAAAGGGAGGAUGCAAUCCGUCUGCCUUUGAAAUGAAACCGCGGAUUUGCAGCGACUGGUUGUCCAUGUACUUCAGAACAGAGACUUCGGUCUCCGCCGCAACUGGCACUGAUAAUCCGACAGAAGCCACGGACAAGUUUGCUCACAAAAGGAAUGUGAAAUAGUCAUUUUGUUUAUUCGUGUCUUCUUUUUAAAAUACGCACCCUGAAGCAACUUGGAUGUACGAAGUACAAAAUGAAUCAAGAUUACUUUGCGUUCUUCGCUUAUAAUAAGUGCGUUUGGACCUGGGAGGGUUGUACGUUUCAGAAGUGAGAUUCGUCUGAGUGAUGACCACACUGUUACUCGCUGUUCCCUGCCCAAGCUGUCCUCCACCGCUAUUUUGAUGCAUGAAGAGUAAUCAAAUAGAAAGAUGGCUGCAUUAACCUUAACCACGAAUGAACAUUUUCUACAAGCCUUCCUACAGGACCGAACUCCCAGCGCUUCCCCUGAUGGUGGCCCUGGGGGCCCAAUCCCAUUUGGUCUCUUGGCCCCCACCUGUGGCCAGGUUCAGCAGAUGAGCGGCAGCACCUCAUCAGAGGCCCUGCAGUUUCAAUACGACGGGCCGGUUGGCCCUGCCCCCAGAAUGUUCCUGUGGAGCAGGGAGGUGGCAACUGCUGCUGGCGCUACCAUAGCAGGCCACCAGGGGGCGUUCACCCUUCCCAAGAUCCAGUUCCCCCCAGGACCCAUCCAGACUGGAGUGGAUGCUCACCCCCAUCACCACCACCGACGACACCACGAGGUCCCCCUCACGCCACCUGCCGACCCCCCCUCUACUUAUGCCCUUGAGCUCUCCCCGGCUAAGGCUCUGCACACCCAGGGGCAGGGACACAGCCCCUACUACCCCCACCAGGGCGUGGGCAUCAGCCAGAACCUCAGCGGCUUCCUCCAGAGCUCCUCCGCCCAACUGCACCACCGCGCGGAGGAGUGGUGGGGCCUUCCCCAGACGGCCACACCUCCCGCUAACCACCCCUUCCAUCUGGGGAGGCAAAUGGUCCUGGGCCGCAAGCCCCCGAUCGCUGCCCUCCUCCAGGGUCCCCACAAGGGCCUCCUGAGCGCCGCGAGGCGCUGCCGAAGGUGCAAAUGCCCGAACUGCCAGGCCACCGGGGGCAGCGGCGAGCCGGGCAAGAGGAGGCUCCACGUCUGCCACUUGCCCGAGUGCGCCAAGGUGUAUAAGAAGACGUCACACCUGAAGGCGCACCUGCGCUGGCACGCGGGCGAGCGGCCCUUCGUCUGCGGCUGGCCCUUCUGCGGGAAGAGCUUCACGCGGUCCGACGAGCUGCAGCGCCACCUGCGCACGCACACGGGCGAGAAGCGCUUCGGCUGCCAGCAGUGCGGCAAGAGGUUCAUGAGGAGCGACCACCUGGCCAAGCACGCCAAAACGCACCGGGACAGGCAGAGGCCGGCCAGCCAGCGGGGCGGGGGCGCCGACGCCCUCCCCAGGGACGUGAAGGAGUGACGGCGUGGGGGAGGAACAUCGGGAGGGGGGCUCGUACCAUUCACCCGCAAGCUGCAUAACCACAGACCCCAUGUUGCUGGGCACGUUCCAGACAUGUUGUGACGCGGCGGUUGGGGUUUCACCCGGUGGAGUUGCACCUGCUGCUUGGACGCUGCUCAUGGUGUCUUGUGAAGGAACAGGCUGAGGCCUCUGAAAUGCUUUUUGUUUCCUCUCUGGGACUGAGGAACCCAAACAGAUUCGCCUGCUUUUUGGCUUCCAAUUUUGGAGAGAUGGCAACAGGAAAAUAUCAAAGCAUGUGAGGGUGAUGCUGGGAAUUCUCUGGAGGGAAAGGUGUCCUCAUUUUCCACUGAAGUAGUCUUGUCUGUCAGGGACACUGGCAGUGCUCCCCAGCUGGGCUGUGGAGCUUUGCAGGAUAACCAGGUCAAAUUCCUUGUGACUGACUUGUGGUUUAGGCAAACCUGCUAUGUGUAUUGUGUCAAGUGUGGGUCAGGGGUUUCCACUGCUGUGAGACCAGUCACAAACAGCAUAGAAUACACACAUUGCAUACUUCAGCUAUAGUACAAAAAGUUUAAUCCAGCUGUCUACAUAAAAAGGCUGCGUAUCAACGUCUAAGAAUUGAAAUCUGUUUAAUGGGUGAGGCAGUGUCUAUGCUACAGUUAUGGUUACUUGAUUUCUUUCUGUCUACCUUGGUAAGAUAACCUACAGUUGCCCCUGGUCACAGAUAUUUACAUUUUCACAUUUUUCAGGCACAAAAUUAGCCUUCCUGUGGUUGUACAAUCUUUUGUUAUUUCUUUGAUAGAUUGUCAGCAAAACCACUCUGAACCGUCUUGACGAAUAAUAACUUGCAGUUUAAAUUAAAACCACAUUUAAAGGCUCUCCUUAACCCUUUAAGGUGUAAGCUCUCAAAUAUGUGAUAAAAAAAUCUAUUACCUGAACCUUGUAAUGCUGAUGUAACAAUCACUACUGGUCAUAGAAACAAGGAGUUUUAGAACGCUGACUUAGACUUCUGAAAAAAAAAUUUUUUUAUUUACUCUUCAAGUGGUUAAUAUUUUUGCACAAACAUGACUGUGGAUAUAAGCACAUUUUUAAUGUGAGGUGAACACGAUUAUUAUAGAAAAUUUUUAAAGGGAGUUUUGAAGUAUUUCAUAAAACCUAACCUCAAUUCAAAUGCUUAACACGGCAGUUAGGCUAGUUUCCACGCCAAGUCAAAACAGCGGCCUAUAACUUGUCUAUAAAACUGUUAACUGACGCAAUAUGUAUUUUUUGUACAAGCUGUGUGAAUGUCCUCUGCACAUGAUACUGCAAAUACUGAAAAUAAAACCAAAAGAUCCAUUUGAACUGUAAAUAAUGUACAUACUGUAUGUGCAUGACCCGAGGGACCCAGGACAGCAUGAAAUAAACACAAAAAGAAACACUGCCA